GUGAGGAGUGGGAGAGGGAGUCAGACAGAGACACACGUGCGAGUGUACUGUUCGCGUAAACAAUAUCUCGGUGCGGAUUCGGGAACCCCAAAGCAUUGUCUCUUCCCCUCGACGAUCUUUCUGGGCUCUGACCCUCCGUCCGGACCAAGAUGCAGAACGACGACAUUGUGUGGAGCAUACUGAAGCACUCUUUCUGCUCUCAUAAAGUCACAACGACAAGCUCGAACUUCUGUCGCAAUGAAUUCAACUUGACUGGUCUUUGUAACAGAUCGUCUUGCCCUUUGGCGAAUUCCGUGUACGCCACGAUAAAGGAAGAAGAUGGGGUGUGUUACUUGUACAUGAAAACGGCGGAGCGCUGUGCUUUCCCUGCGAAGAUGUGGGAGAAAAUUAAACUUUCGAAGAAUAUGGAAAAGGCACGAGAGCAAAUCGACACAAAUCUCCUCUACUGGCCGCGCUUCGUCAGAUCGAAAUGCCAUCAGCGUCUACUGAAAAUUCACCAAUACCUCAUACGCAUGCGUCGUAUGGCUUUGAAACGACGGACGAAAGUUGUGACCAUCAACAAACGAAUCGAGAGGCGAGAAAAGCGGCGAGAAGAGAAAGCGCUCAUUGCAGCGAAACUCGAUCAAGCUAUCGAGAGGGAACUAAUAGACAGAUUGAAAGCUGGCGCCUACAAAGACAUAUACAACUUCCCACAAAAGGCAUUCGAUUGUGCUCUUGAGGAAGAGGAGGAAAAGGAGAUGGAAAUUGAGGAAGAGCUCGAAGAAGAAGUAGACGAUGACGACGUGGUACGAUUCUGA